AUCUGUCUUGUCCCUCCUUGCCUAGAUGUGCUGCCUCCCUCGCCUGCUUCAGCGCUUGCGGUCACUCGCUGACAGCAACCAGCCCCAUCCCACACGCUGAAGCCAGCCAAGUCCUUCCCACCUGGGCCCGGAGGAGGAACUCCUAGGCGGGCAAGCUAGGUUUGCAUAUCCAGUUCAGGUGCUCUUGGAGGGUAGAUGGGGCCCUGCAGGCUGCUUUGGAGAUUGUCUGCCUGGCUAAUACUACUGAGAUGCCAAACGGUGAGCAACAGUGCCCUGAGUAAAAACCGCAGCUGCGUCUCCUAUGGAUCUAAUGCCCUGAUGGAAGGCAUGGAGCAUCUCAAGGGCUUAAUUUCGGAGGACGGCCACAACAGAACCAUCCAGUGCCCUCACAACCAGUGCUGCUUUGGUAUCUGGAACCUGACCCAAGGACAUCUCCAAGCCAAGUUGCAAGGUUGCUGGAUCAGUGAAAAAGAUGCCUGCGAUUCUGCAGCCUGUGAGUCUCGAUCUUCUGAGGAUGCCAAAACGGUUACUUUGUCCUGUAGGUGCAGAUCUGAUUUGUGUAAUGCUAACAUCAGCCAUGUCGGGCCUCGAAAGAGGAAGGCUGCGUCACUGCCCAGCGGGAACAUCUGGAUCAUUACCUCCUGCAUUCUUCUGCUCUUCCUGGGCUGUCUGGCGUUUCUAGUUCUAAGGCAGUGGAAAGUCCUUGCUGUGCUCCUGAGCCCAGAAGAAAGCAGUGAGCUCACCAAGGUGACUACGAGCUCGGAGCCAAAUACCGAGAGGAAACUGCCCACACAGGAGCUUCCAGAUCUCCAGUUCCUUCAGGUUCUCCAUGAGGGGCAGUUCUCCAAGCUGUGGCAAGGAACAUUCCGCCAGCAGCCUGUGGCCAUCAAAGCCUUCCCUGCUUUGUGCUACCGGCAAUUUGCAUCUGAGUGGGCUGUGCACAGCCUCCCGCUGAUGAGCCAUGACAACGUUGUGCAGCUUGUGGCUGCCGGGUGUGGAGGACCACACAAGGAACAGGGGGGCCUCCUGGUGCUGACGCUCUACCCGUUGGGGUCCCUACGGCAUUUCCUCAUGCAACAUGUUUGUUCCUGGGAUGUCGCUCUCAAGCUAGGGUCCUCCCUUGCCAAGGGCCUUGCUUUCUUACACAAAGAGCUGUGGAAGGAAGGCCUGUAUAAACCUGGGGUGGCACACCGAGACCUGAGCAGCCAGAAUGUGCUGGUGCGGGAGGACAGGACCUGCGUCAUCACGGAUUUCGGCCUCGCCAUGAGUCUGCCUGCGUGCCACAAGGCGUGGAGAGAGGGCCCCACAGAAGGCAUUGUCCGCAAGGCAGGGGCUCCACGCUACAUGGCUCCUGAAAUUCUGGAUGAGAGCUUGAACCUGCAAGACUUGGGCUCGGCGCUGCGGCAGGCUGACGUCUACUCCAUGGCACUGGUGCUGUGGGAAAGCCUGAUGAGAUGCUCUGCACUCUUCCCAGAAAACAGAGUCCCCGAGUUCCAGCUGGCCUAUGAAGCAGAACUGGGCAGCAACCCUACAUAUAGUCAACUGCGGAGUCUGGCUGUGGUGGAAAGGGGUCGGCCGGCCAUUCCAGCUGCUUGGAGGAGAAUUGGUCAGGCUGCUGCCUGUCUACAGGAGCUCCUCGAGGACUGCUGGGAUCCUGAACCAGAGGCUCGCUUGCAAGCUGAAUGUGCCCAUCAGAGGCUGCAGAAGCUGUAUGCUGAGGGCCUUGUGAAAGAGUUGUGACAAGGCUGAAACACAUUAUGCUUCACAGUCUGUUUACCUAGACAUCAGCCCUUGCUUAAAAUACCGUAUUUUUUGCACCAUAACACUCACUUUUUUCCUCCUAAAAAGUAAGGGGAAAUGUCUGUGCGUGUUAUGGAGGGAAUGCCUACGGGUGGCAUGCCUACGGAUUUUCCUGCUCUAAAAACUACGUGCGUGUUAUGGUCGAGUGCGUGUUAUAGAGCGAAAAAUACGGUAGUUCUUUUGCCUUUUGUCAAGAAUAAGCGGCCAUGAAGGAAAGUCCCACCAAGCAUGGCUUCUCACCAUGAUUUUGUACCUCAUCAGAGUGGAAUGGAUGUGUUUCUUUUCCUUUGUUUUUAUAAACCUUGUCCACUUAAUCAACUCAAUGAGCUCUGUCCACUUAGUCAACUUGAAUUGCACUUGUUUACCAGUGGGUCCCAACCUGCAUCUUGUCUCAUCCAGCCAUUCUUGGGCUCUCAAUCACUUGAAUCUUCCCAUUUCUACAUCACUUCGUGCAGCGCUGCAAAAGCCAUUUAUAUACUAUGACUUGGGCUGGGAACCUAGGCAUAUUUUCCUAGGAGUACGGAUCACUGGGACUUAAUUUCUUAGUAGAUUUACAUAGGACUGCCGUGGAAGAUGCCCAAAAUGAAGAAACUGGUACUGGGCACAGAAUUCAGGAUCCUAAGAAUGUCUGUUUUCUGUCAAGCAAAAUACAAGUCCCUAUCCUUUCAUGCAGUAAAAAUAGGCUUAAAAGGAUAUGUGCAAUGGCUAGUUAAGGGAGGGCUGAUGGGUGGUCUUCAGUGCUCAGUGGAGCUUCUUGCCUCUCUUUGUCCAGCAGCAAUAAAACAAAUAUAUGCACAUUUGCCACAAACAAAAUAAGUUUAUACAGGCAUUUGGCCUGAUACCCUAGAUAACUGCUGCCAGGACUUCAAAGUCCUUCACAUAUUGCUGGUACUCAAAGAUUUGGCAAAUUGCCCUCU